CCACACGGACCGGUUAUUACGGAACACUGUGUACCAGCUGAUGGUGGGAUUGUAGACGUGUACAUUCAGCGUGGAUUAUAUUUUUAUAAGUUUGUUUUUCCGCUAAAAUCAAAGAGUGUUGAACGUUUGAGUUGUAUUCAGCUGUAGGAGUGAUGGCCACCGCUGAAGAGCUGAAGCUGCGAAUCCGUGAACUAGAAAACGAACUAAUAAAGUGCAAACAGCAUCGAAGCCAAGAGGAUCUUCAAACUCCAGUGUUUAGACCAAAGAUUGAAAAAAUGAGCGCCGAGGUCCUGGAUUCAAACCCGUACAGCCGGCUGAUGGCUUUGAAGCGCAUGGGGAUAGUUGAAGACUAUGAGAAAAUCCGCUCGUUUGCUGUGGCUGUGGUGGGGGUAGGAGGGGUGGGCAGUGUCACUGCAGAGAUGCUCACCAGAUGUGGCAUUGGUAAGUUGUUGUUAUUUGACUAUGACAAAGUGGAGCUGGCCAACAUGAACCGGCUUUUCUUCCAGCCGCAUCAGGCAGGGCUCAGCAAAGUGGAGGCAGCAGAGCACACACUGAGGAGUAUCAAUCCAGAUGUUAUAUUUGAGACACACAAUUACAACAUCACCACUGUGGACAACUUCACACAUUUCAUGGAUCGCAUCAGUAAUGGUGGACUUCAAGAGGGAAAGAGUGUGGAUUUGGUGUUGAGUUGUGUGGAUAAUUUUGAGGCUCGAAUGGCCAUUAACACGGCUUGUAAUGAGCUGGGUCAGACGUGGCUGGAGUCUGGAGUGAGCGAGAAUGCCGUGUCUGGACACAUACAACUCAUCAUUCCAGGGGAAACCGCAUGCUUUGCUUGUGCCCCUCCGCUGGUUGUGGCAGCAAACAUCGAUGAGAAGACUCUAAAGCGGGAUGGGGUGUGUGCCGCCAGUCUGCCCACCACUAUGGGAGUCAUUGCUGGGAUCCUUGUGCAGAAUGUCCUAAAGUAUCUGCUCAGGUUUGGAACAGUGAGCUUUUACCUGGGCUAUAAUGCCAUGCAGGACUUUUUCCCUACUAUGACCAUGAAAGCCAACCCACAGUGUGAUGACCGACACUGCAGGAGGCAACAGGAGGAGUACAAAAAAAAAGAAGCUGAGCGUCCCAAACCUGAAGUAGUGGAGGAGGAGGAGGAAGUAGUGCAUGAAGAAAAUGAGUGGGGUAUUGAGCUGGUGUCUGAAAUCACAGCAGCGGAGCUUCAGGAUGCAUCAGGUCCAAAACCAGAUUUACCAGAGGGCAUAACUGUGGCCUACACCAUCCCCAAUAAGGAUGGGGAAGUAAAUUCAGAAGAGACUGUAGAAGAGACAGAUCAGAGUCUGGAGGAGUUGAUGGCUCAAAUGAAGAAACUGUAAAGGCAGAUCAUCUAAUUUUGCAUAAACACAAGCUUCUCUCACCUGUGCCCUGAGGAGCUACAAUCCAUUAACAUUAUACACAGUCUCAUUCCUGUCAGGUUAACAAACUUCUCUUUACUUAUAAAGACAUUACAGCUGCUGCAAAUGGUACAUGAUGACCAUGAUUUCUGCAUUUGUUAAAACACUGUAAAUGAAACGAGAUAUUUCAUUAAAGUUUUCCCUCAUUAGUCCUCAGCAGUCACUGUGCCUAGCUCAAGUGAAAAUGAAAUCUCACAAACACAUGAGAGUCCAUGUUAAAUCUUUCUAAAGAUUUCUGCCAUUUAAGUUGCUCAAAGAUCUUUGAGCUGAUGUCCUUGUUCAAUAAAGUAUUUACUGACAUCAGGAUAACAUCA